AUGUAUACACCUGCAAAGUAUGUUGAUAUUAUUGUUAACGUCCUUUGGAAUCCGACUACUGAGUAUUCGAUCAAUGGAAACAAAUAUAUCUUGGUAAUAACUGACUAUUACACGACGUAUGUUGUUGCUCAUCCUGUACCUGAUAAUUCCGCUAUAACUGCAGCGCGCUGUUUUGUGGAACAAUUUGUUUUCAAAUAUCGUAUUCCACGACGAUUAAUUACAGACCAAGGAAUCCAUUUUAAAAAUGAAUUGAUGAAAAAUUUAACAACAUUGCUCGGAAUACAUCAUAUUCACACAUCGGCAUACCAUCCACAGGGAAAUGGGUUAGUAGAGAGGUUCAAUGGUACUUGUCAUCCUCAAUUGGCCAAACUUCAUAAUGUUGAAUUAAACAAUUGGGAUGAGUAUUUAGCUCCGGUUAUAUAUGCUUACAAUACAGGUAUACAAAACAGUACUGGGUAUAGUCCAUUUCAAUUAAUGUUUGGAAGAAAUUCUAAUUUACCACUCGAUCAUACAUCUACUACAUUUAUUUUACAGCGAACGAAUGAUUAUUAG